AUGACCCUACGUCAGAUCUCAUCCAUCGUCGUCACGCCUAGGGCUCCUGGAUGCUUGACCGGUAGUGAUGCUGGGGCAUCGCUGCCCUGCUCAUCUGAACCCUAUCUUCAAGUCUUGUAUUGCCCGCAGCAAUUACGGUAUGAAUCAAAACACAUGUAUGUACUAGUCAUUGAAAGAGAUUACAGAUGGGAUGAGCCUGAGAUCCGAGUUGAGGGUAUUAGCGUCGUGAUAUGGAGUGGGAGCCUAGAGGUGUAG